AUGGGUAACGAUGGUGGGUCUAUAAACAAGAAUGUGCGGAUUAGAGUCGUGCAGGAGAAAAACAGUGGAGAAGGGACGGGAAAACAAUCGGAGUACUGCUGGACUAAUUGUCGACUUUCGGGACAGCCAUUGAAACCGCCUUUGUUCAGCGAUUACAAAGGCAAUCUAUUUAACAAGGAGGCAAUUCUUGAAUGGCUCUUGGUGAAACCAGAGUAUAAAGCGGAAGAAUAUACACAAGUGAUGAUAGACGCGUUUUCGCAUAUCAGACUACGAAAAGAUGUAGUAGAAAUCACAAACCUUCGAAGACUCGAAAACGGCGCCAUCGGGAUCACUCUAUCAGAUAUAGACUCAGAUACUACGGAUCUUGUCUUGGGAGGUCGCAGGAAGUCAGCCUAUAUCGAUAUUUGCGGGCAUGUGAACACUUUGAAUUCACUGGACAAAAACACGGAAUGUUUCCUUUGCGGGGCCCAUUAUGGUCCAAGUAACGUGGUUAUCAUAAAUCCGUCAGAUCCUCAAGAUAUUGAGAGACUAGAAAAGCGUUAUCAAUCACUGGUAGACCAGAAGCUCUCACACAGCAGAAAGGCUAAGGUAAAAUCAAAGGCAAAGAAGCGUAAAACAACUGCCGUUCAUUCCAGUGAUGAUGCAAAGAAGCACAAAGUGGCUGCCCCGGAAAAAGAGACAACGCAACAAAACUAA